ACCCUGCCCGACAUACCCUCUCAGCGAUCAGACCCAACCCUGUGGACUUUCCAAACGACCAGACUUAUUUCGUUCCUAGCAAGAUGCCUAAAGCCGACCGGACCGCCGUCGACAAGCGAAGAGCGAACUAUAAGAAGAACUCUUACACUCAAGCAUGGGCAGAAGGUAGAUACACCAAAGCCAAGGGGAAGGGCAAGGGCAGGGCCGGAGACGACGAUGAUGAGGAAGAGGUCAAGGGCGUACCUCUGGUAUACGCAACGAGUAUGCGGGCACCAGGGGUCGUAGUGAACUGUAUGCGAGGAAAGGAGAAGAAGUGCGGGAUCGAGCUGAUGGCAGUAUUCAACAACAUCGCGGACGAGCUGUACCCGGAUACCAAGCUGGAAGAUUCCGAUGACGAGUCCCAACCGAAGAAAUCAGGUCCACCCAAGACGGUGGAAGAAGAAUUGCAAGCAGAGAUCGAAGGCAUGAAGAAGGAAAAGGAAAAGAAGGUGUACCGAUUCAGUUUCGUGCAAACCAAGGUCGAAUGCUUCGUCUACAUUCACAUGAGGAAACCGCUCGAUCCGAACCGGAUCGUGGAGCACUACCUGAAGAGCGUCGAAACAACAGGCCUAACACAAUCGAGGUUCGCACUGAGGCUGAUACCCUGUCAGAGCGUGACUAGUCUCGAGGUUGACAAGGUUGUCGCUGCCUGCCGAGACCUCAUUGUCGGAGCUGCAGAACGAGUGAAAGCCGAGAAGGGUCCUGAGCAUGAGUGGAGAUUGAACUACAACAGCAAGACCGACUCACGGAUAGAGAGGGAUGCAGUCGUGAGCAGAGCGAGGGAGAUGUCAGACCUCAAGGUGACAAUGAAGGGUGCGGACAUUGUCGUGGGCAUCGAGAUCUAUAGGGGCCUCGCUGCGAUCGGAACCAUGACGGACUUUGAACGUUUCCGAAGGUACAACCCACAAGAGAUCUCCCUUGCCGUCAACAAGGGCAAGAAGGACGAGAGCGGACGGGUCAUUCAGGCGGGUAAAGAUGGGCAAAUCCCUACUGAACCGCCCGCCCCGGUCGCCGACGCGGAGACAGCACCAGCUCAGCCCGAGGAGGCGGCUGCUCCGACAUCUGCUCCGUCAGAGAUCACCACCACCGAAGCGUGAUACUGUAGCAACAGGACGAGCAUUUCCCUGAAUCUCUCUCGUAAUCACCUGUAUUUGUAUACGAGAGGCAUUCUAUCGGACCACACGAAUCGACCCCGCGAAUGACGUAGCAAAGACGGGCCCUUCCGAGGUGCGCG